AUUUAGGCGGUAUUGGAGGCUACGAAGUUGUUGAUUCAGGCAUCAAGCAAUGAUGACAUGAUGUACCUACUUAUGGUGAGAAAAUAUAUUAUAGUUUAAGUUGUAGAUAUAUACUCCAGGUUGGACACCUAUAAGUUAGAGUAACCAUGAAGUUAAAAAAAGUAACUCUGACUUGACAUGAAUGGCCCUAAAUGUAUUUAAAUUAAGAUCCAUAAGACCAUAAGUAAUCGAGUACCUGAUGGCUGAAUUCAAUGUUUUUCGUUUUUCGAAUACAGUUUACGUUGACGUCAAUGAUAUUUUACACUAGACCAUCACUGCUGAAGUACUACCAACACUAAACAACGCCUGCUAUUGAAUCUGAAUAGUAAAUUAACGAUUUACAUAAUAUAAGUUACAAGUUAUGAUUCUACGAAAGACUAUUCAUGAUGUGCGGAAUGCGAAGAAGUAUAGCGUUGCCUUUGCCAAACCAUUAUCUGAACUUUUCAAUCAACCAAAGCCAAAGUUCAAAUAUUAUGUCAAAAACCAAACUGGGCUUUUUGGUGUACCGGAAUUGAUUUCAUAUGAAGGGUUUUAUGCAUUCAAGGAACGUACAAAAAUAGAUUGUGAUAAUUUAAUUAAUGAAAUAUGCAAUUCUGAUCGCAAGAGAAAUCUGGUGACAAUUUUUGACCAACUUUCCAAUAGUCUUUGUUGUCUUGCUGAUAUGGCUGAAUUCAUUCGUACAGCACAUCCAGACAAAUUGUUUGUUACUGCUGCUGAAGAUUGCUGUAUUUCCAUGAAUACUAUUGUAGAAAAAUUAAAUACCAACAAAGAUUUAUAUACAAAUUUAAAACAAGUAGUCCAACAUGGUGAUAAACAACCUAUGACUGAAGAGGAUCAACAUGUUGCUGAAUUAUUUUUGUUCGAUUUUGAAUUGAAUGGCAUACACUUAGAAGAAAAAAAACGACAAUAUGUUGUUGAUUUGAAUAAUUUUAUUUUGGUUACUGGACAACAAUUCAUGAUUGCUGCAGAAAAGCCUAGAAUUGUAGAUCCAACUGGAUUGCCUGAUGUCGUUUCUAAAGUUUUAUCUAAAGAAUUUAGCUCAGGAGGAAAAUUCAUAGUCGGACAUCCUAAUUCUCAUUCUGAAGAUCCAAUUUUGAGAGAAGCUGCCUUCAAGGUUUACAAUGGUCCAAAUAGUGAAUCGGAAAAAUUAUUGGAUAAUCUUUUAGAAAGCCGUCAUAAAUUGGCAUUGACUUGUGGUUUUCCAUCUUAUGCUCAUAGAGCUCUAAAAAACAGCAUAGCAGAAAACCCUUAUUUUGUAAUGGAAUUUUUGAAUAUCUUAAAUACAGAGCUGAGGAUUCGGUCUGUUUUUGAUUACAAGACUAUGAAAAGAGCCAAUAACAAUGAUAUUGUGUCACCAUGGGAUGUACAAUAUUUGACCAACAAGAUUAAACAGAAUCAUCUUAAAUAUGCAAUGAUUGAUUAUGCAUCAUAUUUUUCUUUAGGCGAUUGUAUGGAAGGAUUGAAUAUGAUUUUUAAUAGUUUGUACGAUAUAAAUUUAUUAUUUGAAGAUAUAGUGCCCGGUGAAGGGUGGGCUGAACAAGUGUACAAGUUGGCUGUCAUGCACCACACAGAAGGCUUACUUGGAUACAUUUACUGUGACUUUUUUGAAAGAACAGGAAAACUUCACAAUGAUUCACAUUAUGUUGUUAGAGGAGGACGACAAUUGCCGGAUAAUUCUUAUCAAACCCCAAUUGUAGUAGUUAUGUUAAAUGUGGUAUGGCGUGAAAAUCAUGGUUCAGUACUAUUGCACCCGGGUUCUGUUGAAAAUCUUUUUCAUGAAUUUGGACACGCAAUACACUCUAUGUUAGGCCGAACGCGUUAUCAACAUGUCAAUGGUACACGUUGUGCAACAGAUUUGGCAGAAUUUCCAUCAGUUUUGAUGGAAUAUUAUGCUACACAACCACAAGUCAUCAAACAUUAUGCCAAGCAUUUUAAAACUAGACAACCUAUGCCAGAGGACAUGUUGAACAAAUUAUGUGCAUCUAAAUAUUUAUUUGCUGCUUCAGAAAUGCAGUUACAACUAUUUUACUCAGUACUAGACCAAUAUUACCAUACACAAGCACCAAAACCAUUAAAUACAACUGACUUACUUGCUAAAUUACAAGUAGAAUAUUAUGGACUGCCAUAUGUUAAAGACACAGCAUGGCAAUUACGUUUUUCUCAUUUUGUUGGUUAUGGCGCAAAAUAUUAUUCGUAUUUGGUAUCCAAGGCAUUAGCAGCAUACACAUGGCAUGCAUUUUUGAGCAAUGAUCCACUAAAUAGAACUCAAGGUGAAAGGUUACGUAAAGAAUGCUUAAAAUAUGGUGGUGGUAAACCGGCAAGAAAAUUAGUCUCCGAUUAUCUCAGAACACCAGUAACACCAGAACUCUUGGCAUCAUCUCUAAUACAAGAUAUUGAUCAAGGAAACGUUGUACAAUCCUAAAAGAUCAUGUAACGAUUACCGCAUCAGCAAUAUUGAGGGUGUUCAGUAAAUUCAAAGAGCCAUGAUCAAUUUCGAACAUCAAUAUACUCUUAGACGCAAACGAGCCCAAAGUUCAAUUUUUCGAUGUUGCGCUGUUAUUAACGACUUUAGAGAAGGUCAUAUGCACGAUAUCACAUUUCACAUGUAAACCUCAACUAAUAGUGAAACAAUAUGUAUUAUUAAUAGUAUAUUUCUGAUAAAAUAAAAUUGAUUUAUAGC